AUUUAUUUUUUCGGUUGCACACAAAAAAAUUGAUCUUGACCGACUAUCGCAAACAUAAUUAAUCGUCAGAAUUUCAAAAAAGGAAAAGAAAACGUAAUUCUCACCCUUUCGACCGGAAAUUUCCAAACCCGCCCACCGCCUCAUCCCCUACUCCCAUAAUUCCGACGAAGCUGUGCAAAAAACAAAUAAAAUAAAUAUAUUUUGACAAAGUGGUUUUUUCUUCUCUUUCACUACGAUGUCUCUUGUAUAUUGGAUUCUGAUUUUGAAUCUUUGGAUCUUAAAAGCAAGGUCGUUGCAAGCGGAAUCGCGUACGGUACUUCGAGAGAUUGGUAAUAACAACGGUGGCGGCGGUAGUGAUCCAAAGGACUAUGCUGUCGAAUUGAACGUCACGAAUUUCGAUGGAGUUCUCAAGGAUACUCCAGCCACUUAUGCAAUAGUCGAAUUCUUCGCUCACUGGUGCCCUGCUUGCAGAAAUUACAAGCCCCAUUAUGAGAAAGUUGCAAGGCUUUUCAAUGGACCUGAUGCUGUGCAUCCUGGUAUCAUAUUGAUGACUAGAGUAGACUGUGCAUUGAAGAUAAAUACCAAACUUUGUGAUAAGUUUUCUGUGGGUCACUAUCCCAUGCUGUUUUGGGGUCCUCCUGCAAAGUUUUCUGCUGGCUGGGAACCCAACCAAGCAAAAGCUGAAAUACGUGUAAUUGAUGAUGGACGGACAGCGGAACGCUUACUUAAUUGGAUCAAUAAGCAAAUAGGCAGUUCAUAUGGCUUUGAUGAUGAAAAAUUUGAAAACGAGCAUCUUCCAUCAAAUAUAUCGGAUCCUGGACAGAUUGCUCGAGCCAUAUAUGAUGUGGAGGAGGCAACUGCAACUGCCUUUGACAUCAUUGUAGAACACAAGAUGAUUAAAUCAGAAACUCGAGCUUCACUCAUAAAAUUCGUUCAGCUUUUAGUGGCUCAUCAUCCUUCCAGGAGGUGUCGAAAGGGAAGUGCAGAAGUACUAGUGAACUUCGAUGACUUGUGCCCGUUAGAUACGUGGUCAUCUGAUAGACAUGAUGUUGCCACCAAUGACAUGAAGGGGGUGCUAAGCAAUUUCAAUAUUUGUGGAAAGGAAGUUCCCCGUGGAUAUUGGAUGUUUUGUCGUGGCAGCAAGAAUGAUACCAGGGGCUUUAGUUGUGGCUUAUGGGUUUUAAUGCAUUCACUCUCUGUGAGGAUUGAGGAUGGAGAAAGCCACUUUGCAUUUACAUCUAUAUGUGAUUUUAUUCACAACUUCUUUAUUUGUGAGGAUUGCCGUCAACAUUUUCAUGAGAUGUGUUCAAGUGUUACUAGUCCUUUCAAAAAAGCCCGUGACUUUGCCCUUUGGUUGUGGAGUGCACAUAAUCAAGUUAAUGAGAGAUUAAUGAAGGAAGAAGCAUCUAUGAAAACUGGAGAUCCCAAGUUCCCAAAGAUUAUUUGGCCUCCAAAACAGCUUUGUCCUUCAUGUUAUCACUACUCCCAAAGUCCCAAAGAUAAAGGAAGCAAACAGAUUGAUUGGGACCAGGAUGAAGUGUUCAAGUUCUUAAUUAGUUAUUACGGAAAUACACUAGCAUCUUUGUACAAAGAAAAGGGUCUACUUGCCGAUGAUGGAAAGAAAGCUACUCUGGAUGAUUUGGUGGCCUCAACAAACGCAGUUGUGGUGCCUAUGGGGGCUGCAUUGGCUAUUGCGCUUGCUAGCUGUGCAUUUGGAGCACUUGCUUGCUACUGGCGAUCUCAGCAGAAGAAUCGGAAGUAUUACCACCAACUAUACUCUUUAAAGAACAUAUGAUAAUUAUGAGGAUAUGGGUACUUUCAGAUAGGAUUAAAAGCAUUAUAGUGAAAAAAGAAACAGGGUAGUAAAAGGGGUGGGGGGAGGUGUAGAGAGAGAGAGAGAGGUUUUGAUAGUUAGGAUGUAACUUUCUUAUCUGAUUUUCUUCCACCACUUUUCAGGCCAAGGAGAAGCUGGAAUUAAGAUUACUAAAACAACAAAAAAUCACACAAAAACUUUAAGAUGCCCAGUCGGAUGAUCUCAAGAUCCAAGUAGAAAUCCAGGUUACGGCCUUGUACCAAAUGUCCCACUUGAGGUCCUAUUCUUUACCAGUUAUCUAUCAAGCUCAUCAUGAAAUUUAAUCUUGGGUUCUAGUCUUGCAUCUAUUUUUUUUUUAAUUUCCAUUCACAUUUGACAUGCUGCAUGAGUACUUAAGAAUGACUUUCUGAUUGUCUGAUACAAGUGGCCUCCAAUUCCUUCACCUGAUUUUGUUCUUUUUUUGAUAAAACAGUAAAGACUGAAGAACUAUCUCUUUUUCUUUUUGUAAUACUAAAAAGUGAAGAACUAUACUAACUUUAGUAUGGGAAUACUGUAUAAACCCCUUUAGGGUUAUUUCAUGAGUCGUACUUUCAUUAUUGCAUUGACAAUUCUAUCUCCUUCUCUCCAACCUAAACUCUAUUUCUAGCAAUUAUUAAGCUCAGGUAUGUAUGUAGAAAUUGAACAAUCUUAAUGUCUCCAAAAUCUCCAAACAAGA